AUGUCCGACCUUGAUGUUGCCAGACACUACAACCUACCAUCCGAAUAUCCCGAAGAAUGGCCUACAGCACUAGACGAAGAGAAUGCAUCAGAUGAAGAGCCCCUUGAACGGACCAGGUCCCGCCCCCGCAAGUCCCGCUAUUUCGCAUUGGAACGAACACCCAGUGAUUGGCGAAAUGGCUACGGCUCCCGUCGAGGAAAGGAAACAAGGGAGAAUGCGCAGAACGAUGAACCGGAUCCGCUAGGCAGAGGUGAUAGUGUCAUGCGCAUCUUAAAGCAGAAGGGUAUACGACUGGAAGAAGAGAGCGGUAAACGAUCGCGCUUCCUACUUUCGUCCACGUCCUUCUCUCCCGCCCUUUUUCUCUCCCAAGCCCACCACUCCGACUCAAUUGAAUCGCUCAUCGCGGGAUUGGACCAUUUAUCUCACUCCAUUGACCAGAAGUCGGCGUCACUGAAAGUACUGGUGGAGGCAAACUUCGAACGGUUCGUUCGUGCUAAGGCAACCAUUGAUAGUGUCUAUACAGAAAUGAGAGAUCAAGGAGUCGCGAAGGAACAAUCUCUAGCUCCGCGUAGGUCAGGCCAUUUCCGAAGCUUGUCAGGGCAGCGCGGCGUAUCACCUUCUCCGUCAAAUAUCAGCCAAGUUGCUCCUCGCAAGACCGCCCUCGUCAAAGAAAGUGAAUAUGGAUUGAAAGGUAUCCGAGCUCCCCUCGUGGAGGCGUCUGUCAAAGCUGAAGAAGUGUGGGGCCCCGCACUUGGAGGACGUGACCGGGAACAGGUUCUUAAGUCAGUUAUGGAAACAAUGGAAAAACAACGCGAUGUAUACGAGAUUGGAAGUCAUUUGUCCAAGUCCAUUCAGCAGCGUGACUACGAUUCUGUAUUCGAACAAUACACCAAAGCCAGAACAUUAGCAAAUCGGGCGAAGAGUAUUGUGGAGCAGGCCUCCAGCUCCCGUCGGCAACUAUCCGACCAUGAAGCGCAUACUAUCUUGGCUAUGGGACGGAUGUGGUUAGAUGUGGAUGAACAAAUCCACCUUUUCAAGCGCGAACUUUGGAGGCGCCUUAGUGAUGCACCAACAACAUCCACAACAAGCACUGCCACAGGCCCCGUUGAGGAGCAUAUGGAACUGAUCGGAGCCCUCCUUGAAUUAGGCGUUGAUGAUAAUCCCAUUUGGACGUGGCUUCACAGCCGCUAUGAAUUCCUCAAGACAAAGAUAGUUGCCUUUUGUGAGCGCUGCAAGGUCGAAAUUGAGAUUCUGAGACGCAGACUUGCUGCUGAGGAGAAACCUAGCGCUAAAACCGUGGCCUCCUACCUACGCUUAGCGCCUCGUGAUGGUUCAGCAGACGUUCAAGAGCGGCUAGAUACGGAUCACGUCAUUGAGCUUUGGGACUGCAUCAAAACAUAUCUUGACCGUCUUCUCUCCUCCCAGGGUGGCUUGGUGGGUGAGCUACUUGAUUUCUGGGAAGUUGCACAUGCAUUCAUAGAUGGAAGUCGCCAAAGACUUCUUCCUGUUGGGUUUGAGGGCGAGAGCCGUAAGCAUCACAAACUUACUCCUGCCAAUGUGGAAGAGCUUGAGAGAGGCGCUGUGGAACUUGUCAACCUUAUCCGAAAUAAUGUGCUUGCACUUUUCAACGAACCGCCAACAGAGGAUAUCUCUCUGCUCUCUUCUCCCAUUCCGCCGAGCCCUACCACUCCAGUAUCUCAUGGUGUCACCCCAACAGAAUCUCGAUUUAAACUGGAUCCGAAGAACUUGCCGAUACUCGCGCCACAGCGCGGAGAACACUGGGAAGGCUUUGCAUUCUGGCCACCUUUCUCCAACUCCCUGAGUGGUGUUCACUACCUAAGUAAAUUCCUCGUCAUCGUUGGUACAGCAGCCAGUGAGAUGGCAGCUUUACGGCCGGUCAGCACUAGCGGAUCGACUUAUGAUCUGUUGAAGUCUCUGGUGAGCGUUGCCCGUGAAAGAUCUGCCCGGAUUGCAUGCACUGCAUGGAGCAAAGAUGCGGAGGUUUGUAAGAUGCUUGAGGACUGGACUCGUGAUCCUGAGAAACGAGAUCUGACCAAGAUGCCUGGGUUAUUUGUCGGCUUUGAAAGUGCAAUCCUUGGUGGAAUGCAGAAGAUUCUUUAUAUUUCUGAGGCCAUGAGCAAGUCUGGAACCGUUGACGUUGUCACCCAACCGCCAGCGAAGCUACUUCAGAUGGUUCGCACUCAAUUUGUCUCUAGUGUCUAUAAGGCUCUCAGUGGGUUAGUUGAGAAUGCGGAACAUGCAGAACUCUCAGAUGAAGACAACGAGUGGGUUAUUACUCGCCCACUUAUGGCAAGUCAGGCUCUCGACGCUGCUUUGUCGGUGCUGGCUGCCGACUCUGUGAACUCACAGGAUAGAAACGUGAGGAUCCUCCUUACACUUUCAAAUCUCAAAGCCCUCCAAUCCGAAUAUGUGCCGCAAUUAAUCACAAAUUUUGAGGUCUCAUUUUCCGUCAAGUUGACCGAGGAAGGCAAGACGAUCCGGGACGUCUUGAAGCAAAUUGAAGACCGGCUCUUCCAGUCGUACACGACACCAACCAUUGGCCUAUUGACCGAGACAAUUACUACUGGUAUCGAAUCUCCAGAUUGGGUUCCCCAAACUGAUCGCCCUGAUCAAGUUCGCCCUUACGUGUACAAGACUCUGUUGGCUCUUGUUUUAGUACACACUGAGAUCUCAACGACCAUCCCCUCGACUGUAUCUGCAGGUGCUAGCCGCGCAUCACCAAAUUCACCCACCUCACUACUUCACGCUGUGCUUACCCACUUGCUGGUUCAAAUUUCCACAGCUCUGCUUAAUUCUUUCCGGUCUCGAGACAACUUCGCGCUUUCGGCUCUUAUGCAAGCCACACUGGACACCGAAUUCAUCGCCCAAACCUUAUCCCAAUACUCUACUGAGGAAGCAUCUGGAAUCCAGAGCCAGAUCUAUGUGGAAUUGGAUCGUCGCACAACUAAUGAAGCUCGCGCCAAAUUGCAGGCCGACCUGGGCGAGCUAAGAGUCGUACUCAAACGACUUAGAGACCGGACAAAGGGAGAGUUUGCCUGUUUCCGCAAGCCUCGAUCUGGACACAAACACACAUCUACAUAG